CGACGCCCGGACAUUGGUGAUACUCUUUAUGUCCACGUCGCGACUUGGUGACUCUUAUGUGUUAUGUGAGCAAAGGGACGGUAACAGAAGCAUAACACCGGACGCAGGACACCAGACCGGGAGAAGACACUACCUUAUGAACUUUUUCGUAUCCUGAGGACAUUACACCUGGAAAAUCCAGCACUCCGAGCUACAAUAACCUACUUCUUUUUUCGCGGUGUUGACGGUUGAUCCGAUUGUUUUGGCCUGCCCUCGGCGCAUUCUGGUGGUUUCUCUGCAGUUUGCGUCGGGGGUCUGGCUCGUGGGGUUUUCCUGAACUCCGGAAAGUAUGUCGCUACCGGACACGAGUACCGACCGUCGAGACAGACUGUGCGAGCUCUUUCACGCCUAUGAUGUGGAUAAUUCGGGGCGGAUUGAAAAAAGGGACUUUAAGAAAAUCUGCUCAGAUCUCGGAGUCUCGACGCCCGAGUCCAAACACAUCUUUUCACAACUGGACACCGACAGAGACGGUACCAUUAACUUGGAAGAGUUUAUCCGUGGGUUUUACGGCAUCUGCGAGAGUGAAUACAGCGGGAACAUGGACAGCGAAAGUUUGGAUGUUUCGUCUUUGGCGUGGGAGGACUUUCAGACACGAAUGGGUGAUCAAGCGAAAUUUAUACCCAGGGCGGAGCAAGCGGCUACACUGUACCAGAACAUCCGUGUGACGGAGCCCAGGCUGGUGCUACAGUACGAAAGGGUGAUCAUGACCUUCACUAGGGAGAUCAGACAGCACAACACGGAGAUGGAGAACCUGGCUCUGGCCGUCAAACGGGCUCAGGAUCAGGCAGCUAUGCAGCUCAGUGAGAUGGAGGAGGAGAUGGACCACCGCAUCCACGCUGCCGAGAACAGCACACGCACACAGGCGGCCCAGCGUACAGAGGCAGCCCUGGCUGAGGUGAGGAGGGAGUACGAGGCAGAAGUCUGUGAGCUGCAGCUUAAGAUCCAGAGGAUGCAGGUUAUAGAGAAGCAGUUCAACAACAUCAAUAUGAAGGAUGAGAACUUAACUCUGAAGAGGAAGAUAAACGAGCUGACCCUGGAGAACCAGCGGUUAAAGCAGGAGUUGUUGCAGUCCCACACCAAUAUCGCCUGCCUUAAGAGCGAGCUGGACUCACUGAAGAACGAACUGACCGACCACAGCAUCAACAGCGAACGGGACGAGGCGCUGAUGACAGUGUUCUCUGAGGAGAGGGACAAUCUGGAGAGACAGAUCGAAAUCCUGCAGACAGCUAACAGGAAGCUCCAUGACAGUAACGAUGGCUUGAGAACCGCCCUGGAGAACAGCGCCAGCAAAAGCAACAAGCGUGGCAGCAGCGUCUCUCCUGCUGGGACGAUGAGCAAGAGCAAAAGCAUCUGUUACUCCUCCCCCUUGGACAGAUACUGCUGGACCUGGGGGGGCUGUACAGGGGGGGGCCGGAGGCCCAGCAUCGACACCCUGGCCCUGGCCCUGUGCGACCCCAUGAGGCGGGGCAGCUGUGACUUUGAGGUGGACAGCCUCCCGGAGAGCUGCCUGGACAGCGGCCUCUCCACCCUGCGAGGCUCGCACGCCGGCUACGACUCGGAGCCCGAGGUCAAAGGGCACGAGGAGGAGGAGCGGAGGGGCGUGGCCGAGGAAACUGACACCGUUGUGGGGGAGAACUCAGAUGUGGAGACAGGGGACAUGCAGGAUGUGAUGACUUUGGGGUCUGACUGUGAGUCGGUUCUGGACCAGAAUUUCUCUGAGCCGCUCAGCAGAAGCAGCUCUAGGGCCUCCAACACCCGCAAGAAGGCCCUCCUCGCCAUCUCUACUGAGGAGAAGACGAAGGACUCGUCUGGCCUGGGCUACAUGACGUCAGAGAAGGCGUACCGCAUCGUGUUGGCCGGCGACGCGGCGGUGGGAAAGUCCAGCUUCCUGCUCCGCCUCUGCAAGAACGAGUUCCGUCAGCACAGCAGCGCCACCCUGGGGGUGGACUUCCAGAUGAAGACGCUGGUGGUCGAUGGAGAGCCCACUCUGCUCCAGCUGUGGGACACCGCAGGACAGGAGAGGUUCCGCAGCAUUGCCAAGUCGUACUUCCGGCGCGCCGACGGAGUCCUGCUCCUCUACGACGUCACCUGCGAGAAGAGCUUCCUGAACGUGCGGGAGUGGGUGGACAUGAUCGAGGAUGUGGCACAGGAUGACAUUCCCAUCAUGCUAGUGGGGAACAAGUGUGACUGUCGUGCUCCUGCCCUUCAGAAAGGCCUCACCUGUAUUCCCACCAGCUACGGAGAGAAGCUGGCCAUGACAUACAACGCUCUGUUCUGUGAGACCAGCGCUAAAGACGGCUCCAACGUCAUCGAGGCAGUGCUGCACCUGGCCAGAGAGGUCACCAAGCAGGGUCAUGGAGAUGACCUUCAGAGGAGUCAGUGGCUCCUCUCUCCAAAGCUCCACCCAAGAAAAUGCCAAACCUCAUCUGCUGCACAUGAUACGCACACCCCAACCAGGAUACAACCAUCUUACAACCACCUCGCAACCACAACCACAACCACCCCACAACCCCAACCACCCCGCAACCACAACCACCGCACAACCUCAACCACAACCACCCCACAACUACAACCAACCCGCAACCACAACCACCCCACAACCACAACCACCCCAACCAAGAUACAACCAAUAUAUCUCAUGUCUACGGGAUUGGACUGUAAAACGAACCGAGCUGAUCUUAGAUCAGAGACGGCAUGUGAUCGUAGACCUUCAUGUGUCUGCAUGAGUCCUAAGAGAGCCCAGGGGGAAGAGUGUAGGAACACAGAUACUGGAUCAAAUCAUAACGUGCUCAGCUGUACAGAACAGAAGCAGAAACGUUCAAAAUAGUUAAAAAUAGUGAGACGAAAGUUGUUAGGUACUUAAAAUUAUUAGUAUUGUGAAAAUAGUAUGUGCAUAAUUGUUCCGUCGUACGUGUGUUUGAAUGUUUACAGGUGAUAAUGAAGAGGAAAAAUCUCAAAGAUAGCAUGGUUUAUCAUGUGUUAAUCUGGGUGACAACCUUUCGUGUAUGUGGGGUGAAUGUGGAUGUUUGCGUACGUUUUAGAAAUAGCUUUUCUGUUGUGUAACGUAUUCCCGGAAUAUGAAGAAUAAAGAAAGAGAUUUUCAA